UCCCCAGGCACACCGCAGCGCGCCGCUUUUCGUGCGCCAAAACGCGCUCUUAACGUCUGAGCAAGGACUUGCGGUUUGACUGAUGGAGCCUCUUUCAGCGGGGUCCUGGGGAGGUUUUGCCUGAUGUAACAUUCUUAUUCACAGGCAUGAAGAAAACCCUGCAGGACGAGAUCAAAGCCAUUCUCCAGGAGAGGAUCAUGGUGCUGGACGGAGGGAUGGGGACCAUGAUCCAGCAGCACAGGCUGAGUGAAGAUGACUUCCGAGGUCAAGAGUUUAAAGACCACCCCAGGCCACUGAAAGGCAACAAUGACAUCCUGAGUAUAACUCGACCUGACGUCAUUUACCAGAUCCAUAAGGAUUACUUGCUGGCGGGGGCGGAUAUCAUUGAAACCAACACUUUCAGCAGCACUAGCGUUGCCCAAGCUGACUAUGGCCUGGAGCACUUGGCUUACCAGAUGAACAAGAGCUCCGCGGGAGUGGCCAGGAGAGCAGCCGAGGAGAUAACUCUCCAGACAGGAAUUAAGAGGUUUGUGGCAGGAGCCCUCGGUCCAACUAAUAAGACACUCUCUGUGUCCCCGUCUGUGGAGAGACCAGAUUACAGGAACAUCAUAUUUGAUGAGCUCGUUGAAGCGUACGAAGAGCAGGCCAAGGGGCUUCUAGACGGUGGGGUCGAUAUCUUACUCAUUGAAACUAUUUUUGAUACGGCCAAUGCCAAGGCAGCCUUGUUUGCACUCCAAAACCUUUUUGAAGAGAAGUAUGCUCCCCGGCCUAUCUUUAUUUCAGGGACAAUCGUUGAUAAAAGUGGGCGGACACUUUCUGGACAGACAGGAGAGGCAUUUGUCAUCAGCGUGUCUCACGCAGACCCACUCUGCAUUGGAUUAAAUUGUGCUCUGGGUGCAGCUGAAAUGAGACCUUUUAUUGAAACGAUUGGAAAAUGUACGACAGCCUAUGUCCUCUGUUAUCCCAAUGCGGGUCUUCCCAAUACCUUCGGUGACUACGAUGAAACUCCACAGAUGAUGGCCCUGCAGUUAAAGGACUUUGCUGCGAACGGCCUGGUCAACAUCGUUGGCGGGUGCUGUGGUACGACUCCGGAUCAUAUCAGGGAGAUUGCUGAAGCUGUGAAAAACUGUAAGCCGCGAGUUCCACCUGCCACCGUUUUUGAAGGGCACAUGUUGCUGGCUGGCCUGGAGCCCUUCAGGAUCGGACCGUACACCAACUUCGUUAACAUUGGAGAACGCUGUAACGUGGCCGGGUCCCGGAAGUUCGCGAAACUCGUCAUGGCCGGAAGCUACGAAGAAGCGCUCAGUGUUGCCAAGGUGCAGGUGGAGAUGGGCGCCCAGGUGUUGGACGUCAACGUGGACGACGGCAUGCUGGAUGGUCCCAGCGCAAUGACCAGAUUCUGCAACUUCAUUGCUUCCGAGCCCGACAUUGCCAAGGUCGCACAAAAUUUUUAUUCAUCAAGGGAAUUUACGUGUCUCUGUCUGUCACUCAUUAAAUCUGACAUGUUUCUGUGUUUCAGGGGCCUCCUUUGUCAUGGCUCCAGAGAGGUCACCGCUCCCUGGCUACGAUUUAGUGGCCGUGUGUCCCUGCGCUUGGACCUUUCCUUAUCAGAUGGAUCAUAUUUAUAUUCUUUGUGUGUAGGAAACAGUCUUCUCCAGAUUCCCCUCAGAGGUGGGGACGUGAGGACUGUAAGCUGCUCUUGGUCCCAAGACUCCAACGUGUGGGUCCAGCCACCCCAAUUUUCCAUCGCUCUGCACAUGGCGACAGAAACGGACGUCAAAGUCAGAAUCUGCACCCGGGCCUACAACCUGCUCCUGAAGAAACUGGGCUUUAAUCCAAAUGACAUCAUUUUUGACCCUAACAUACUCACUAUUGGUACUGGGAUGGAGGAACACAACUUGUACGCCGUUAAUUUUAUCCAUGCAGCAAAGAUCAUUAAAGAAACAUUGCCUGGAGCCAAAAUAAGUGGUGGUCUUUCCAACUUGUCCUUCUCCUUCCGAGGAAUGGAAGCCAUUCGAGAAGCAAUGCAUGGGGUUUUCCUUUACCAUGCAAUCCAGUUUGGCAUGGACAUGGGGAUCGUGAAUGCUGGCAACCUCCCCGUGUAUGACGAUAUCCAUAAGGACCUUCUCCACCUCUGUGAAGAUCUCAUCUGGAAUAAAGACCCCGAGGCCACCGAGAAGCUCCUACACUAUGCCCAGACUCAUGGCAAAGGCGGGAAGAAGGCCGUGCAGACUGACGAGUGGAGGAAUGGCUCGAUCGAAGAACGCCUGGAGUACGCCCUCGUGAAGGGCAUUGAAAAAUAUGUUAUUGAGGAUACUGAGGAAGCCAGGUUAAACCAGGAAAAGUACCCCCGACCUCUGAACAUAAUCGAAGGGCCCCUGAUGAACGGCAUGAAAGUUGUUGGCGAUCUUUUUGGAGCUGGAAAAAUGUUUCUACCUCAGGUCAUAAAGUCAGCUCGGGUCAUGAAGAAGGCCGUUAGCCACCUUAUUCCCUUUAUGGAAAAGGAAAGAGAAGAAGCCAAAGUGCUUACUGGCACAGUAGAAGAAGAGGACCCGUACCAAGGCACCAUCGUGCUGGCCACCGUCAAAGGCGAUGUGCACGACAUAGGCAAGAACAUCGUUGGAGUCGUCCUCGGCUGCAACAAUUUCAGAGUUAUUGACUUGGGGGUCAUGACUCCCUGCGACAAGAUACUGAAGGCGGCUGUUGACCACAAAGCAGAUAUAAUUGGCCUGUCGGGACUCAUCACUCCUUCCCUGGAUGAAAUGAUAUUCGUUGCCAAGGAAAUGGAGAGAUUAGCGAUAAGGGUCCCGUUGUUGAUUGGAGGAGCCACCACUUCGCGAACGCACACGGCAGUUAAAAUCGCUCCACGGUACAGCGCACCUGUAAUCCACGUCCUGGACGCCUCGAAGAGCGUGGUGGUGUGUUCUCAGCUAUUAGAUGAGAAUCUGAAGGAUGAGUACUUUGAGGAGAUCAUGGAAGAGUAUGAAGACAUUAGACAGGACCAUUACGAGUCUCUCAAGGAGAGAAGAUACUUAACCUUAAGUCAAGCCAGAAAAAAUGGUUUCCAGAUCGACUGGCUGUCGGAGCCUCCCCCAGUGAAGCCCACGUUCCUUGGGACGCGGGUCUUCGAAGACUAUGACCUGCAGCGGCUGGUGGACUACAUCGACUGGAAGCCUUUCUUUGAUGUGUGGCAGCUUCGGGGCAAGUACCCGAAUCGAGGCUUCCCCAAGAUAUUUAACGACAAAACCGUAGGUGAAGAGGCCAAAAAAGUCUAUGAUGAUGCGCAGAAUAUGCUGAAAGUGCUGAUUAGUGAAAAGAAGCUGCAGGCCAGGGGCGUGGUGGGGUUCUGGCCUGCACAGAGCGUCGAGGACGACAUCCACCUGUACGCAGAGGGCACCGAGCCCCGGGCCGCGCAGCCCAUAGCCACCUUCUAUGGGCUGAGGCAGCAGGCGGAGAAGGACUCGGCCAGCGCAGACCCGUACCUCUGCCUCGCCGACUUCGUCGCCCCGCUGCACACGGGCGUCCGCGACCACCUGGGCCUGUUCGCCGUGGCCUGCUUCGGGGUGGAGGAGCUGAGCCGGGCCUACGAGGAGCAGUGCGACGACUACAGCAGCAUCAUGGUCAAGGCGCUGGGGGACCGGCUGGCGGAGGCCUUUGCGGAGGAGCUGCACGCGCGGGUGCGCACGGAGCUGUGGGCCUACUGCGGCGGCGAGCAGCUGGGCUUCGCCGACCUGCGCCAGCUGCGCUACGGGGGCAUCCGCCCGGCCCCCGGCUACCCCAGCCAGCCCGACCACACCGAGAAGCUGACCAUGUGGGAGCUCGCCGACAUCGAGCGGCACACAGGCAUCAGGCUCACGGAGUCCCUGGCCAUGGCCCCUGCGUCCGCCGUUUCCGGGCUUUACUUCUCCAACUUGAAGUCCAAAUAUUUUGCCGUGGGGAAGAUUUGCAAGGAUCAGAUUGAGGAUUAUGCUCUGAGGAAGAACAUGUCUGUGGCCGAGGUGGAGAAAUGGCUUGGACCCAUUUUGGGAUAUGAUACAGACUAAUUUUUUGUUUGUCACCUUUCCUGUACUCGACGAUCUUCAGGGAAACGUAGUCCGGAGUGCCUUAAAGGUCACGGCGACGGCAGCAGCACACAGGCCCGUCUGCAUCUGGGUGACGCUUGUGCUGCUUCGACUGCGGACGGCCGGCGGGGCCUCAUGGAGGAGCAAGGUCUUUGUCCUCCACGAGGCCCUCGAUAGUGGCCCUGUCCCUGGUCCCUGGAGCACUGGGACAAGCUGGAGAUAGAGGUCUUUUGCAUUUCAAAGCAAGUCGUCUUGCUUUUUCAUUUUUACCUGCGAUCUAGGAGGCCACUUGUUCUUUUCUUCUCUUAGAAAAAAGCCCAGAACUCAGUCGAACAGAGCACGUGACCCCGUGGCAAAGUGCCGCUGUGAGAAAUGGGGCACCCUGAUCCAGGCGGGGGCAGCGGUAGACUCCGACCGGGAGGGGAAGCUGAGCUCUGCUCCCUUUCCGGAGACCUCGUUUCCCACAGCCUCGGCCGCCUCUCACUGCCGGCUUGUCAGACACUCGGGCUGUUGCUCCGAUGUGGCCAAGCACGGCAGGUUCUCCGAGCAUUUUGCCGCCUCGUAAUUCCGCAUUUCCUAGCGCUGAGGGGAAGAUGGAGGUGGCGCGCGAGAGUGGCCUGUCAAGGGCAGUUCGCGUCCGAGGUCGUUUUCCAGACCAGAGCGGGCUCUCAGUGAGCAGCUCGAUUCCGCUCGGUGCUGGCUUUUCCGCGCCGCCCCGAGCCCAGACUCACAGCGUUUGGACCUGGCACGCUCACUCGUUCUUCGCCAUUUCCGGGGGAAUGGCUAAGAACGGUGGCUUCGGAGGCGACACACCUGGCUUCAGAUUCCAGCUUUGCCACCUGCUCGCCGUACGACGGAGGUGGAUCACUUAAGCACUCCAUUCUGUUUUCUCGUCUGGAAAAUGCGGCCAGCCACACAGCUUACCGUCGCGUGGGCGUGGGUGUGGGGUCGGUGAGAUGCGUGGAAGGCAGGUAACGGGGCCGGGCACGCAGCACGUGCUUAGUAAACUGUCGCUCUGUACAGGUCUGUGGGUCACCCCGUGGGCUCGGCAGACAGGAGACACUCGGGGGGGAGGGAGAGCUUGGGAGAGGUGAGAAGACUCGGGAAAGCCUGUGGUGAUGACCCCGGUGCCUGAGAACCCUGAUUAACACUCACUGGGACAGAGAGGCUGCCUCCUGUGUCACAUGCACCUCUCAUGGUACAAGCUGGCCUUGCCCCACAGCAGUUACCCCAGAUGUACGUUUGGGCACUUUGGAGGUCAAAGGGGAGCGCACGUAGGCGAUGGUGAUGCUGCAUGCCUGUGGUACAAUCGUGUCUGUAGAGUGACACGCCUUUUCAGGCUCGGCGUGCCCUUGAUCCCUGUGCUCUCCUUAGGAACGUAGAAUUUGUGCUGGAUUGAGAGCGAGGCUCGGUUUCCCGAGACCCUUAUUUUCUGCUCCAUAGCAGGUCUGUUACUCUAGGCUUUGGUACAUUUUCCUGUGAAGAAGAAUAACCUUCGAAUAUAGUCACACGCUGCGUAGCGACACUUCUGUCAACGACAGACCCGUGAGAUCACAACGGGGCUGAAAAUUCCUGCCGCUUAGUGGUGUGGUAGCCACUACGAUGUCAUAGCUUUGGCUUAGUUGAAUUAUUUCAAUAAAUUCAAAAUAUUAAGUAAAAAACAUUUUGUAACCUGA